AUGAAGUACAUCUUCUCGCCCCGUAACCGCUUCAGCACUUGGCGAGAACUCUGGAUCUGGCUUGCGGAAUCCGAACGCGAACUCGGCCUGGAGGGGAUUACGCCCACCGCAAUUGAGCAGAUGCGAGAUCAUGUCCGGAUCCAAGACCAUGAGUUUGAGCUAGCCGCGGUAGAGGAGAAGCGCAGACGUCAUGAUGUUAUGGCUCAUGUGCAUACUUACGGGCAGAUUGCCCCGGCUGCUGCUGGUAUCAUCCAUUGGGGUGCUACUUCUUGCUAUGUGACUGACAACGCGGAUCAAAUCUUUCUCCGAGACGCACUCGACCUCUUACUACCAAAGCUAGCUGCUGUGAUCCAACGACUCAGUAACUUUGCCCUGGAAUAUCGUGACGAGCCGGCACUAGGAUACACCCACGGCCAAGCAGCGCAGAUGGUCACAGUGGGAAAGCGAGCAACCAUCUGGAUCGAAGACCUCCUUGACGACCUCCACAACCUCGAGCACGCCCGCGACAGACUCGUCGCCAAAUUCCGCGGCGCAAAAGGCACAACAGGAACCCAGGCCUCAUUUCUCGCAAUCUUCAACGGCGACCACGAAAAAGUGAAGAAACUCGAUGAACUCGUCACCCAGAAAGCAGGUUUCACAGCCUCAGUACGAAGCACAACGCAGACUUAUUCUCGCAAAAUCGACGUCGACGUCGUGCACGCCCUCUCUUCCUUCGGCUGCACAGCCGAGCGGAUCGGUGGCGAUAUCCGACACUUGGCUAUGCUCAAGGAGAUGGAGGAGCCGUUCGAGCAAGACCAGAUCGGCUCGAGCGCUAUGGCGUACAAGCGUAAUCCCAUGCGCUCGGAACGACUUUGCUCGCUCGGCAGGACGCUUGCGAACUUCUCGGCGAAUGUGGAGCAGACGUAUAAAUCGCAAUGGCUCGAGCGAAGUCUGGACGAUUCGGCUAUCAGGCGGAUAGUCUUGCCUGAGUCGUUCUUGUGUGCUGAUGCUUGUAUGAUCUUGCUCAACAACAUCUCGUCUGGUCUCGUGGUCAACCGAGCCAUGAUCCAGAAGAACUAUCACGUCGAUCUGCCGUUCAUGGCAACAGAGAACUUUAUCAUGGCUAUGGUCAACAAGGGACACUCAAGGCAGGAUGCCCACGAGCACAUUCGCGUAAUGUCCCAGGAAGCCGCCAAAGUAGUCAAACAAGAAGGCAAGCCAAACGACCUGAUCGAGCGCAUCAAGAACAACAAGUUCUUCGAUCCCAUUCUGGACCAGCUAGAGGACCUGAUGCGGCCUUCGACAUUCAUUGGAAGAUCGCCCGAGAUCGUGAAGGAGGUGGUCGAGUUCGAUGUUGCGCCUGCACUGAAGAAGUAUGAAAGUGCCAUCGGUAACAUCAGAGACGCGGACCUGGCAGUGUAG